ACAUAAUAUAUAUUUAAAAUUAAAAAGAGUAGUUUAUUUUUUCCAACUGUACUGAGCUGUUUAUAUCGUCAUGUCUUCAUCAUUAAACUCAAAUAGUGAAGAAUCAAUAAAGAAACGUUGUCGUCCAUUUGAUGAAAAUCUUACUCGUCAAUUGAAGGUUCACGUCGGAUUAAAAGAAUCCGCUGACAAAGAUGAGAAAGAAAGAGAAUUGCAAAAAAUUUAUGAUCGAACUAUGCAGUUGUUAAAAAAUGGACCUAAAAUAACUGAUGAUGUUACAAUUAACAAAGAAAACAAAAAAAAUGCUGGUUAUCACUUUGAACUACCAAGAUUCAAGCAAAUGGUUCUUACUAAUAACCUUGAGUUAGAAGUCAGUAAAAAAAUUAUCAUGCCAUUGGAUAAACAGAUAUGUACUAAUUGUAAACAGUUAAAUGUCAUCGAUCGUACUUGUUGUUUUCUCUGCAUCGAAUUCCACUGUCCGAAGUGCCUCAGCGAGUGUAACAAAUGCCUGGAAGUAUUUUGUCCAAAAUGUAGUUUAACCAUCUAUGACGGUGGCGAACACGUUGAAUGUUUAGCAUGCUAUCAUUGAUGAUUCAAUCUAUUAAUGAUAUGUCGGUUGGACGUGUAAUUAUUCUUUCUUUACUAGUAUCAAAGAUAAAUAUUACCUCAACUGAUUUUAUGUAAAAGUAUAGCUUAAAUUUAAAUCUAUAAAAUUCAUUAUUUUUUAAUUGAUUUGUUCAUACACAAGAUUAAUAAAAUCAUUAAUAUGUUUAAUUGCUCAUUAUGAAUUAAAACUUUACAAAUUUAUUACGAUUGUAUUUUUUCUAUUGUUGAAAUUUUUGUUAAUUAAAAUACGAAAAAAUAAGUUUGACUAUUUUUUCUUUCAAUAUGAUGGUUUGCUAAAAUAGAUUUUUUU